AUGUUUCGGGGCGGUGGUUUCGUGGUUCCCCGCGAGGCGACAGCAGAGCGUAGUGCAGCGCAGCGCGGUAAAGUGCAGCGCAGGGCAGGGCGCAAGACAAGACAAGUCAGGGCAGGCAGGAAGCAGCGGACGACGGUCAUAGGCACCGUGGGCGAUGGGGCGUUCGGCACUGCAGCGAGGUCGCGCGUGUCAGAUGCCGGGUGGGCAGAGGGCGGGCGCUGCAGCAGAGGGCAUGUGCAGGACGAGGAGCAGCAGCAGCAGAAGGAGGAAGAGGUGGUGAAUAACGAGCUCGCAGGCCAACGACCCUUGCUGGGGGGCUCGUCGCCAGCAGCGAGCAGCAGCGGCGGCGGCGGCAGACAGACAGGCUCUGGAGAGGGGCAGCACGCAGCACGGCCUGAAUCGUUUACGCAGCAAAACGGCGGCGGCGACGGGUGGUGGAUGGUAAUUAUGGGCAGCGUGCUAGGAAAGGGAAGCAAGCAAGCCACUGCCGAAGACGCCAACGGAUGGACCCCGUCAAUCGGGACUGCUACGGCGCGCGAGCAAGGGUGGCCUGCACGGGCAGCAAGACGAGCAGGCAGCGUCCGCGAGAGUUUUAGCCUUACACCUCCACCUGCACGCCGAGAGACGAUCGCCCGCCGCCGCCGCCAGUGCGGUUGGUGCCAUAAGGGCUCGGGUGAUGACAAGUACAUGUCGUGA